UUCGUGCUCAUAAGAAUUCUUAGAUGCGUCCAAAUGUGUUCUGAAUACAAUAAAAAUCAGUGACCUCGACAGUUUGCGUUUGCUUAUCGCUAACACCUAUAAAUUGCACACCGGAAUUGUACUUGACAAACAUUUAAUUAAAACCUUCUUUUAAUCCGAUGAGUAAUAAUUAAUCUUGAGAACAUUCCCAAUGAAAAAAUCCCCUCUCAUGGCAUAUUCUCGGGUUCCAAUGCCUUCGUAUGGCACUUGUAUUACCUUUUAAGUGUAGUAUAGGUUUCACAUGGAUAUAUAAACAGUGUUAAACAUUUUGUUAUCUUCAAAUAUGUUUUCAUUAUAUAAGUGUCAUUUAAUUAAGAAUUCAUUAUCUGUUAUUCUGCUUUCACUGAUUUUGUUUAACAUAACGUUAAACCAACAGGGCGUUAAUGGCGAUGAUGAGUCAAAUCUACCAUAUUCUCAAGGUCCUGAUAAACUGAAUAUACUGAACACUAUUUUGCAAACAAACUUAGUAAAUAGAAAAGAGAAGAUAAUACCUAGAGAUCUGACAAUUAAUGUAAAAGAGAGUGAUAUUAUGAAUCAAGCAUUUUAUAAUAAUAUAGAAACUAAUGAUUCAAAUGUAAAUUGGGAUCAUACAGUAACAGAUGUUGAACAAAAACAAGAUAUUAUUUGUUGUUACAGAAAAACAAGUAAUGAUACUACAAAAUUUGAAGAUUGGAAAAAACUUUUGAAUAUUGCAGAAGGAUUUACUACUUAUUCUGAUAAAAAUAAUCGCUCAAAAUAUCUUAUUUGUUUAAAAAAAAUAAAUAUUGAUGAAAUAACAACAGUGCCUUCUAUUUUAGAAACAACAUUAGCUAGUUCACGAAAGGAAAUAGAAUUUAAUGGUACUAAAAAUGGACGGAAAAAUAAAAAAAAAAAAAUAAAUAUCAAUACGAACAUAAAUCUUCAUAAUUCUGAUAAAAAUUGUGACGAAUAUGAUGAUGCUAAAAUUAAUCAAGCCGAUGAUUUAAGCUGCGUAGAAAAUAAAUCCACCACGAUUGUCUUGGAAAAUGUUACAUCUAAAUAUACAAAAAACAAAGUUAACAAUAUACCUAAUUAUUUUCAAGAAAAUUUUUUGGCCAAAAAUGUAAAUAAAAAUAAGUAUUUCAUUAAUAACGAAUAUAGACAUAACAAACGAUAUCCAAUAAAUUAUCGACAAAUAUAUGAUAGAAAUUUGAAAAUGCGAAAAGCUAUGAAAAAAACUAAACUGUUGAUUUUAAUAUCAGAUUACAUCCUUUGA